GACAAUAAAACGUCUGAAGUUGCAUUGGUACAAACACUAUCUCAAAAAAAUUCCCAGAGUUCUUUAGCCCCUUAUAUAGUGACAUCGCUCGUGUCCUGCGAAGUGACAGCUCGAACGUUUAAUUCCGAACGGUACUGGUAGACGCGAGUAUUUUGCGUAGAGCUCCUACCUUAGCUACUUUCGUCUAAACUUUUGGUUUCACGUUGUUAGCUAGCAAGUUCAUUAAUGGCAUGCAAAUAAGAGAAAUGUGUUGCAGGCCUAACACUUAUAGUACUAUUUUUUUCAGGAAAUUCAGUUCUGUUUCAUUGAUUUGAGAAGGGAGGGAUCGGAACCGUCGCUAACUUUGAUUUUGCUAGUAACGUUAGUUAACUUAGGGAGACCCAGACUGCUUUUCCAGCAUCCCAGUAAGUGUAAUGGAGUUGUUGUGUCAUGAAGAUGGAGAAUUCCAAACAUCAGAAAGCACUACCGAAUAUAUGGGUUCCACUGCUCUUAGGGCCAGUUCUGAUCCGACAUUGACACGGGAUCAUCGAACAUUGCAGAAUCUUCUUGCUGUGGAAAAAACAAUUCGGGCCUCACCGUCGUACUUUGGCUCAAUUCAGACAGACAUUCAAACAUAUAUGCGGAGAAUAUUGGCAGUAUGGAUGCUACAGGUUUGCGAGGAGCAGAAGUGUGAGGAGGAGGUGUUUCCGUUGGCCAUCCAUUACCUCGACCGUUACUUGAGUCACUUUCCUGUUCAAAGAUCCAACUUGCAGCUUUUAGGUGCUGUUUGCAUGUUCCUGGCUUCAAAACUGCGAGAGACUGUACCCCUGAGUGCCCGCAAGCUCUGCAUCUACACCGACAAUGCCGUUACAGUGUCAGAACUUCUGCAGUGGGAACUUAUGGUGGUGGCAGGGUUAGACUGGGACCUGGCUUCUGUUGUACCCUCUGAUUUUCUGGAGCCAAUUCUUCAUGGCAUACCCAUAGUUCCUCACAACAUCCAUGCCCUGCGCAGGCAUGUGCAUUCCUAUAUUGCACUGGCAGCCACAGAGUAUAAGUUUUCAGUGUUCCUGCCCUCUACCAUUGCCUGCGCCAGCGUGGGUGCUGCCAUUCGCAGACUGGACCUCCUGGAUGGAGCUCUAUCCAACGAUUCACUCCUGCAGCUACUAGCCAACAUCUUGGCCAUUGAUUUGGAGUCUCUCUGCUGCUGCUCUGACCUGUUGGAGGGCAUGUUGGAGCUCAGCCUACCCCCCUGCCACCAGGCACCAGGGGCUUAUCGCUCUGUGACCCCCGGACCAGAUGUCAGCUACACCCCCACUGACAUCCAGGACGUACACCUUUCACCACAGCGCUAGAAAUGACGCCAAGCUGACAAUUAUUUUUAGUAGUCUCUCCUAACAGUGACAGGGCUGUAGUUAUACUGUCGUCCCCCAGGUGUCUCAACUACCCUCUAAAACUGUGUCACUCAACCAAAGAAUGUAUGAGAGGACAAGAAACAUAUGUCUCAUAAGCAAUACCGUGUUCACACAAAAUGAAUUGUGGAGGUCGUUUAGAUUUUUUUUUCUUCAUCUUGCACUGUCUUUUAGAGUUCUUAAAUGUUGCUAGGCUGUUGCUGCUAAAGAUUUUUAAGGACGUUUAAAAAUGGAGUUUACCGUCGCUCGCUUCAGGGGAAAAAAAGUUACUGCUUUCUUAAAUGCAACAGGUGACUAUCUUUUUAACUUAAACAUGCUAUUUGUAAUACUUUUAGAAGUAUCACUCUGAAUUUCCAUUUCACUGUUUGUUUUGUGAAUAUAUGAGUUACAAUUAAAAUGCUGCUUUUCAUUGA